CACACACACACACACACACACACACACUUACACAUAUACACAAACACGGACCAACUUGAUCUCAUAGUUUCACUUCCGAAAUUAUGGAUGAACGUCUAUUUUGUGAUGCAUUAGUUCUGCGUGGUUACAGGUUUACUUCCGAACGGUAAAGGGUUAACUCCGAACGGUAAACCGGGUUAACUCCGAAUGGUAAACAGGGUUAACUCCGAGUGGUAAACAGGGUUAACUCCGAACGGUAAACAGGGUUAACUCCGAGUGGUAAACAGGGUUAACUCCGAACGGUAAACAGGGUUAACUCCGAGUGGUAAACAGGGUUAACUCCGAGUGGUAAACAGGGUUAACUCCGAGUGGUAAACAGGGUUAACUCCGAGUGGUAAACAGGGUUAACUCCGUGCGGUAAACAGGGUUAACUCCGAGUGGUAAACAGGGUUAAUUCUGCAUAGUUUAAAAUAGAAACAACUCGAAAGGUUGAAGCUUAGGUAUUAUUAAGUCCGAGGGGUUAAUGUCCACGCCCCCGUGGGAAUUCUUUUAGCAUAAUAACACAAUCCCCAUUUUAAAAUCCAUCAGUUUAAACUAGAGAUAUCACCUUUUGUUGCAUUGGAUUGCGUCUCAAUCCCAUGGCAUCCACCGAUGUCUCACUUUCCCAUCUGCGGUGAAAGGUGACCGAGCUAGAGCGGUGUUUGUCAGACCAAGAGACAUCCAGAAAAUCAUUAUUCUCACAAAAUUGGUUUUGCAACAUCCGGAUGGUUUGGCCUUCAAAACUAUUAUGAAAAGACGAGACUCUCACAAACAUGACGGUGUUCUCUGUUUUUCUCUACGACCCCCACAAGAGUCUUGGGACCCGUGUGAAGCCGGUACCGCUGAUCUGCCAACCUCUGUCUGUGGCGAACAGUUUGGGUUACACACUAAUAUGGACCCGUCUGUGGAAAGGUAUGACAGUGUUCUCUCUAAGUGAUGAUGGCACCAGCCUUCCAGCUUCGGGUGACUCAGCCUUCCCAGCAUUCCUCUCCUGUAAGGGGUGCCGCCAAUUGAUGGGGACCGACCUUGACCUGGGAGCAGGACUUGACUUGGGGGCGGGACUCUACUGCCUGAGCUGCGAAGAGGGCCUCCAAUCAGAAUCACACACAGCCAUGGAGGAUACCUCACAGGGGGAGGAGUCAACCCCGGCUGUCCAAUCCAGUGGGGGGAAGAACAGGAAGAGGAAGAGGAGUAAGGCGGGUGAUGAAGAAGUCUGUAUGAAGCUGUACACGUGCUCUCUGUGUAGUUUCUCCUCUCGCUACUCCAACCAUCUAAAACGGCACAUGAGAACCCAUGAUGGAGAGAAGCCCUACCGCUGUCCCCACUGCCCCUACGCCUCUACACAGAGGGUCAACCUGCAGAGACACACGCGCACACACACCGGGGAGAAGCCCUACCUCUGCAACACCUGCAGCUAUGCCUGUAGUUCCCUGGGGAACCUGCGGAGGCACCAGCGCUCGCACAGCCAGGAGCCUCAGCCCCGGCAGCAACGCACACACACACUGAAGAGACGCAGCAGACGAAAACACACACACAGAGAAAACGGUGAAGAUGCCGUUUUAUCAGACCUGACAGUGUGUGUGAGGGAGGACUCUGAUUUCCUCCAGUCCCUAGGGGGGGUAGCCUCUCCCUCCCUCCCCCCCUCCGCCCCUCUCCCUGACCUCCUCUUCCCCCUCUGUUGUCGCUCCUGUGGCCUCACCCCGGAAGGAGAGGGAGAGGCGGAGGGCAGAGGAAAGAUGUGUAGUCAAUGUUCUGAGUUUGUCCUCUGUAAGGAUAUAGGCUCCUCCAGCCCCACUGACACAGACUCACACACAGUCCUGCCGGGGGCCAGUAAGCUGUACCGUUGCCCUCUCUGCCCCUUCCUCUCCCUCUACCCCAACCACCUGGCCCGACACGCCCACACCCACAGCGGGGAGAAGCCCCACCGCUGCCCUCAGUGCCCUUACGCCUCGGCCCACCUGGACAACCUGAAACGCCACCUCCGGGUCCACACAGGGGAGAAGCCCUACCGCUGUCCCCAGUGCUCGUACGCCUGCGGGAACCUGGCCAACCUGAGGCGCCAUGAGAGGAUUCACUCUGGAGCCAAGCCGUUCCACUGCUCUGUGUGUGGCUACAGCUGUAACCAGAGGAUGAACCUGAAGAGACACAUGCUGAGACACACGGGGGAGAAGCCGUAUGGCUGUGCUGAGUGUGACUACACUACGGGACACUGGGACAACUACAAACGGCAUCAGAGGAAACACGGACACAACACACACAGCUGGGACAAACACACACACCAGGGCACUACAGCAGACAGCAACACACAGCACUGAGACACACACACACACUCCACUGAGACACACACACACACACACACACUCCACUGAGACAC